AAGAGGGCGGACACUAAAAAGCCGGGGGAAGGAGCCUGGUCCCGCCCCAGAAAUUGAGAGUCUCUGUUCUCUUUUAAAAUUAAAAAAAAAAAAAAGGGAGAUAAGGAGGAGAAGAAGCCACUAACAUUGCAGGAUCGUGUAGCGAAACUUCUGUAGGUACUUAAUAAUUUUAGAAUACUCUACUUUUUAAUUAAAAAAUCACCUUAUGGUUCAUUAGAAAAAACGUGGAAAUUACAAGUAAUAUUUUUAAAGAAAAUGAAAAAAAAAUUCCUGGAACCCCACCACUCAGAAAGUCACCAGGGAACGGCCCGCUGGGUUUUCUUCCAGACUCUUCCAUCUGUGGACUUUGCUUUAAGAGACGUUUAAGACUUACAGCGCAGUCGCCCGGGAAGGCCUGAGAAGCUUUCGGAAGCAAGGUUCUUGCUCAAGUACCAACUCUAUGGACCCAGGACAGAGCAAGCAAAGAAGAUGGAUCGAUUGAAGAGCCAUCUGACUGUGUGCUUUCUACCUUCUGUGCCCUUUUUAAUCCUAGUAUCCACUCUAGCCACCGCUAAGAGUGUGACUAACAGCACUUUAAAUGGCACUAACGUGGUCUUGGGCUCUGUGCCCGUAAUCAUUGCCAGAACUGACCAUAUCAUAGUCAAGGAAGGGAACAGUGCCUUGAUUAAUUGUAGUGUUUAUGGCAUCCCUGACCCACAGUUCAAGUGGUAUAAUUCCAUUGGCAAGCUGCUGAAAGAAGAAGAGGAUGAGGAGAGAGGAGGAGGAAAAUGGCAAAUGCACGACAGCGGCCUCCUGAACAUCACCAAGGUAUCCUUCUCAGACCGAGGUAAAUACACGUGUGUGGCUUCUAACAUCUACGGCACCGUGAACAACACGGUGACCUUGCGUGUCAUCUUCACUUCUGGAGACAUGGGUGUCUACUACAUGGUCGUGUGCCUGGUGGCCUUCACCAUCGUCAUGGUCCUCAAUAUCACCCGCCUGUGCAUGAUGAGCAGCCAUCUAAAGAAGACUGAGAAGGCCAUCAAUGAGUUCUUUAGGACCGAAGGUGCAGAGAAGCUGCAGAAGGCAUUUGAGAUCGCCAAGCGCAUCCCCAUCAUCACCUCCGCCAAAACUCUAGAGCUUGCCAAAGUCACCCAGUUCAAAACCAUGGAGUUCGCCCGCUACAUCGAAGAGCUUGCCAGGAGCGUGCCUCUGCCGCCUCUCAUUAUGAACUGCAGGACUAUCAUGGAGGAGAUUAUGGAGGUGGUUGGGCUGGAGGAGCAGGGACAGAAUUUUGUGAGGCAUACUCCAGAGGGCCAGGAGGCCACAGACAGGGAUGAGGUCUACACAAUCCCCAACUCUCUGAAGCGGAGCGACUCCCCUGCCGCUGACUCGGACGCCUCAUCGCUGCACGAGCAACCUCAGCAAAUUGCCAUCAAGGUGUCAGUUCACCCGCAGUCCAAAAAAGAGCAUGCAGAUGACCAAGAGGGUGGACAGUUUGAAGUCAAAGAUGUAGAGGAGACAGAACUGUCGGCGGAACAUUCCCCCGAAACUGCAGAGCCUUCUACCGAUGUCACGUCCACCGAGCUAACAUCUGAAGAGCCAACACCUGUUGAGGUACCAGAUAAGGUACUGCCGCCAGCUUACCUGGAAGCCACAGAGCCAGCAGUGACACAUGACAAAAACACCUGCAUUAUUUACGAAAGCCAUGUCUAAUACCAACCCCGAAAAGCUAUGCAUAUCAAGAAAAUCAGGGGCUGCUCCUUGUAAUACAGAUGUAGUACGCACUUGCCGCUAAGCCUUACCAGGAGACUCUCAUCCCUUAGGUAGGAGUGAUGCCACUUUAAAAGGAGAAACACCUGCCUGCAGUGAAUGGGACUGGAAUUUCCCCAGUAGAGAAGGGUGCGAGAAACAUCAGGGUGCAGAAUUGAUAUCAGACAGAAGGUGUCUAUGUGAUAAUGAGUUUUAGAGGCUGAUCUCUGCCAAAUACCUUAAUUGGUGAUGCCUUCUUGGCAAAGAGUACACCACUGUAAGAUAUUCUGAGUUCAAGAACCCUGUCCAAUGCACCCUGCAUUGCUUUUCCUUUUAAAAAAUAUAGGUCUGCUACAAUAGCAAAUGCACGUACGUGGGUUUUUUGCACUUUCUUCUCAGUUUUAAUUUUGCUUUUCCUUUAUAAUGGGGUCAUUGUUAUUAAUACUAAUUGUUCUUUCUGGUUUAGUCCUCAUUGCCAUUUUUGUCCUUAUGUUUCCCUAGAACACGUACCUCAGAGACUUUGGUAUCAGUCACCAGUACCAGGGCUGAUAUCUACAAGUCACAUUACAUUUGUCAUGUUCCAAAGUAGUUACGAGGCUUGUUAUUUUUUUUUUCAUUCCCCAGGCCUAUUUCCAUAGAUAGCUUUUUUUGUUUGUUUCCAACGAAGCUGCUGUUAAACGAAACUGAGAAAAACUUUGCCCCGGAAUAGCACUUUAAUAGUCAAAAAUGUGUUUACCUGUCUGAUUGAGUGAGCCUUUUGGUGAGCUCAGCUGAGAUGUAGAGGGAGAUUGUAAAAGGUUAAAUAUACCCACACCACCCAUGAAAGUCACUGUUUAAGUUACAUCAUCCUCCAAAUAAAGACUGAUUCUUUACCUGGAAAA